AUGUUCCAAGGGCAGCGGGGUUGGUUCUGUGGCAGCGUUAGCCCGGAUCUGAGGCAGCUGUGGGUGGCAGAAGGGGGGACAAUCAGUGACUCACGGUCCGCAGACUUCUUAUUCAGCUGUGACGCCUCACACCCAGACACACUGAGAAUAUAUCAGAGCCUCGAUUACAUAGAAGAUAAUGCUACAGUUUUUCAUGCCUACUAUCUCUCUGCAGCAGCUAAUGCUGAAAUUAAAAACUCAGUGGCUUUGGGUCAUUUCGUUCUUCCUCCUACCUGCCUGCAAAAAGAAAUAAGAAGAAAAAUUGGUAAUUUUAUUUGGGAAGACCAACAUUCCUCGAUAGAAAAGCAUGAUGAAGUAACACCAAAUGAAAUACAGACUAUUAAGGAAAGCAGUGAACUAGCAACAGAGAAAAAAGAAUUAUCCAAAAGCACAGAAAAGCAUUGUAAAAGGACUCCGGUUGUAGAAAAGCAGAUGUACUUCCCUCUUCAGAAUUAUCCAGUGAACAACAUGGUAACAGGUUAUAUAUCAGUUGAUGCCAUGAAGAAAUUCCUUGGGGAGCUACAUGACUUCAUUCCUGGAAGCUCAGGAUAUUUAGCAUACCAUGUUCAAAAUGAAAUUAACAUGUCUGCUAUAAAGAACAAAUUAAAGAGGAAAUACUAA